CCCCUGACCUUUCCCCCUCGCAGGUCCACCAUGGGGAACGUGUUGGCCGCUAGCUCUCCGCCCGCAGGGCCCCCGCCGCCACCCACGCCGUCCCUCGUGGGGCUGCCGCCGCCGCCGCCUUCGCCGCCCGGCUUCACGCUGCCGCCGCUCGGGGGCGGCCUGGGCACCGGGUCGGGCGCGGGCCGGGGUUCGGAACGGACCCCCGGGGCUGCGGUCAGCGGCGGCGCCGCGGGGGCCUCGGACGAUGGGGGCUGCGGCUGCCUGCCCAACCCGGGCACGUUCGAGGAGUGCCACCGGAAGUGCAAGGAGCUGUUUCCUGUUCAGAUGGAAGGUGUCAAACUUACAGUCAACAAAGGACUGAGCAAUCGCUUCCAGGUGACCCACACAGUAGCCCUUGGCACGAUUGGGGAGUCCAAUUACCACUUCGGGGUCACAUACGUGGGGACGAAGCAGCUGAGUCCCACGGAGGCUUUCCCGGUGCUGGUGGGUGACAUGGACAACAGUGGCAGCCUCAAUGCGCAGAUCAUCCACCAGCUGAGCCCAGGUCUCAGGUCCAAGAUGGCCAUCCAGACCCAGCAGUCGAAGUUUGUGAACUGGCAGGUGGAUGGGGAGUACCGGGGCUCAGACUUCACAGCUGCUGUCACCCUGGGCAACCCAGAUGUCUUGGUGGGUUCAGGAAUCCUCGUGGCCCACUACCUCCAGAGCAUCACGCCCUGCCUGGCCCUGGGGGGAGAGCUCGUCUACCACCGGCGGCCUGGAGAGGAGGGCACUGUCAUCUCUCUAGCUGGGAAAUACACACUGAACAACUGGUUGGCAACAGUAACGCUGGGCCAGGCAGGCAUGCAUGCGACAUACUACCACAAAGCCAGUGACCAGCUGCAAGUGGGCGUGGAGUUUGAGGCCAGCACCAGGAUGCAGGACACCAGUGCCUCCUUUGGGUACCAGCUGGACCUGCCCAAGGCCAACUUCCUCUUCAAAGGUUCUGUGAACAGUAACUGGAUCGUGGGUGCCACACUGGAGAAGAAGCUGCCACCCCUGCCCCUGACACUGUCCCUCUGCGCCUUCCUGAACCACCGCAAGAAUAAGUUCCUGUGUGGCUUUGGCCUUACCAUCGGCUGAGCACGCCUGCCCUUCCUCUGCAGACACCGCUGGGCCGGCCGCCCUCCCCCUCCUCUCCCUCCCUCCUGGGGUCGGGGCAGCGGGAAGGAGGGGACCCUCCCCACGCCUGAGGAAACCCAGCGCCAAGGGACAGUGUCCAGGGGGCCUAGGGUCCCGGAGGGAGUUCUGGAAUCUGAAGGGCACUCGACUGUGAGCGCCCAGGCAGAGGCGGCUGCACAGGCUCAGGGAGGAAAGACAGUGAUGUCCCUGUCCUCCCGAGGGCAGCAGAGGAGCACCGGCCGCCCAUCACUUUCCCUUCCACCCCUCCAUAGAAAUCAUGUUUAUAAGUUAUGGAAGAACCGGGACAUUUUACAGAAAAAAAAAACUUAAAAAACAAAAAAUACACAUGGGGAAAAAAACA